AUGUCAUCUGUCUUUGCCAAGACUGCUCUGCGUGCUAAAGCCUCUCUCAGACUCGUCCGUGGUGGCCACAAGGUUUCUUCCUGGGGUCCCAUCCAUUUCGAAGGCAUCAACUGGGUUGGCAACGGUGCCGUUCCAUUCAGUUCCAAAAACCCUAUUCUAUUCAAGAGCGUUUUCUGGAUUGUCUCUGCUGCUGUCUUUGCCAUUCCCUUUUACAGUGUUGAGCGCAAGGUAUGGCAUCUGCGCGUUGCCAAAUGGGAAGCCGAAAAGGCCAGCAAGGAAUAAACAAGUCUGAAUCCAAUAUGGAAAGGACUGAUAUUGCUGUCUAAGCCAUGU